AUGCCAAAGGUCAAUAGCUUUGCGCCAGCCUGGCUGUGCCGACCCUCCCCGGGCGCCAGCCUAUUCACUAGCAGCGCGAUUCAAAGCCCAGCAGAUCAACAGAACGGCGCCAAAUCUGCGCUCUACAACGGCCCGACGAAGACUAUCGCAAAACGAGGAACAGAGAUCUUUACUGUUGUGGACAACGAAAUCCGCUGGGCGGACCUUGCUCGAUUGAAAGAGCAAUGGCAGCAACAGCAGGCCCGACAGAAAAAGGGCGCAAUUGGCGCAAAACCUAUUACAGACCUCCCUUCUUACAGAGUUCUCUCAGUCCCAGUCUCGGGUUCUAUCAGACAAAUUCUACCAUCUCCGAACGGCGCAUUCCUGGCAAUCAUUACCGACAACACUGUUCAUAUCUCGGUCCUCCCUGAUACCUUCCACCUUUCAUCCCUAGAGAGUUCUUCAAUCCGUCUCAAGACCUAUCAGCUUGGCCCGACCACUCAUGUAAUCCCCGAAUCGCCUGUGGUUUCUGCUCUAUGGCAUCCGUUGGGAAUUCACACGAGCUUGACCGCAUGCAUUGUGACAAUCACCAAAGAUGCCGUGGUCCGUGUUUGGGAGCUCGAUCGCAACAAUCAUUGGUCAUUCGAUCAGCCUACCUUAGCAGUGGAUCUUACGAAGUUGGUUGACGGUACCUCCUCGGACCAGGACUUCAAACCAGGCGGAUUCGGUAAAAGUAAGGGCUUUUCCGCUGAUUUAAUUGAUAUGGAAGUGGUGUCUGCUUGUUUCGCAGGAAGUGGAAAUGAGAAAGAGGAUGCGUGGGCACCCAUGACUCUAUGGGUUGCCAUGCGCCCGGGUGACAUCUAUGCGCUCUGCCCCUUGUUACCAACCAAAUGGCAGGCACCUCCGACGACAAUUCCCUCGUUGUCUUCUGCUAUUAUUCCUAAGCUAGCAGCUUUGGAAGGGGCCGACGAAGAUGUGGAAGAGGAGCUCAUAGCUUGCCGACAGCAGUAUGAGUGGCUUCGAGAGAUCGACGACCAGGAGCCCUUGUAUGUCCCCGCAGAGUCUGCUGUAGUCCAAGGGGCAGAUAUCUUCACCCGCCCUGAUGUGCCAAGUUCUAUCCCCCGCUUGCAAGGACCCUACCGGUUUGACGCUGGCAAUGAUGAGUUGGAUGACCUUGAUCUUUGUGACAUCCUCGUCAUUGCUGCUGGGUUGGACGUUGAAGAUCUCAUGAUGGGCGAGGAAGAAGAACUUGCUGUGGCUGCCAGCGGGCAGGAAAAACUCUCGGCAACUGUCAUUUGCUUGACAAAUACCAGUGGACGUGUUUAUAUCUGCUUGGAAGUCGAUGGCGUGGAAGGCCAAUGGCUUCCCAAGGCAAAAAAGAACUCAUUCCGCACCCCAGCUUCAGAGCCUGCUGAUCUCAUCUUGGUUGAGUCUCUGGACACGAUGAAGCAGAAUGAACAACACGAAGCUUCCAUGUGGCCUACAUUUUCGCCAGAUAUCUCUUCUCGCUACUCAUUCUAUGUGACGACCCCAACUAAGGUGGUUUCUUUCUCAAUGGCUUCCUGGGUACAGCGACUGGAGACCGAAUUGCAGGCAGAAGACCUCUCUGGCUCAGACUUCCGACUCCAGGUCCUGUGCAGCGGGGACGUUGCUCAAAGAGAUAAAAUCUUGGAAGUCUCAGAUACUGAUGUUACUGCUCCACAAGACCACCUAGCCACAUGUCUUGUUUUCUACGACUUUGACAUUGGUUAUCUCGUUCUGACAUACCACCCAUCCAACCCAUACGCCGCUAUCAUGGACUCUCCAGAGGAUUCAUUCUCCGUUGCCAUGGGGGGCGCUUCGCUUGUGCCUGCGAUUUUUUACGCGACGUCACCCUUGGAGUCGUUUGUCGAGAAACAUGUGCCUCAUCGCCAGCGUCAUACCCUCAAGGAGCAUGUCCGUUUGUCCCCGGCGACGCUCGACCUGAUUACUACUGCUCACCGCGUCGUUUCCACCCACACCAAUGCGCUCGAAAGGGCUGCGUCGGACUUGUUCCGUCGAUGCGAGCGAUUGCGAGACGAGCUGCAGGACCAGCUGAAGCAGAUCUCGGAUGCUGCAGAACGCAUCAAGGGCCUGACUAGUGAAAUUGCCGAAGACGGAACUCGCAAGGAGGGUGCUCGGAACGGAGAAGCUCUGAAUCGGCGAAUGCAAGCUGCGUCUGAUAGGCAGAAGCAACUCGUGGAACGAUAUGACGCUUUGCGCAAGAAGGUCAAAAACUCUGGUGGCAGAGCUCUCAGUGAAAAGGAGAAGGCGUGGGCUAAUGAAGUCAACAUGCUCACCGAAUCAUUUGACAUCCAGGCAUCAAACCAGGAAGACCAAAGCCGGCUUCUGGCGCAUCGGCUAGAAACUGUCAAACGCCUUGCGGCGGAUCUUAUCUCGGAGACAAAGUCCAUUGCGGCCAGAUCAGUCAUUCCUGCAGAGCCCAGCAGCCCGUCCUCUCCUGGAGGCUCUCAGCCUAAGGUGCCUCAGCGUCUUCAGCGGGCCAAGGUUGCUGAUGCCAUGAGAAUGGUAGAACGAGAAUCCGCCGUUAUCGACGCCAUCACUUCUCGCUUGGACCGCCUGAACACUAGUCUCUAG